AGGCUAAAAACCUGGUUACGACUGGGGGAAUCGCCUCUAGACUCGAUUAGGUGGUUGGGGUGCAUUAUGCCAUGCAACAUUCAUCUCCACGUUCCUCGUACAGCCUAGACCAUAGCAUUUUUGGCCUAUACUAGAGGAUAUAUGCAUCUCGCAAUGUGCUGUGGUUACAUGAAGCCAAGGAGAUGGGACGAGAUGGCCCGAAUUCCAGUGGGCGUUGGUCGUGAUGUUUAUCCUUACACGGUCCAAAUAUGACUAACUACAAAUCUUUCCUUUAGGUGGUCAGCUAUUGUCGUCGCCCUGCUGUGGUAUCGUAUCAAUCUCAAUUGCAUCCACAAUGCUGCUCCAAUUGGCACUGGCGGCAUUCGUCGUCGGAGCCAAAGCGGUCCCUUCCCCGCAGACAUUGGAUUCUAGCCUCACUUUAUUGAUCGACAACGAUCUACAAGGUGUUGAUGGAUCUGCGUCCAAGUCCGGGGUCUUACUGCUCGAAGCGCGCUCACUGGAUGCCGCCUGCAAGGCGUGUAAAGCCGUAGGCGAAGAUCUCUGGUCGCCGGAGUCGGGGAUAGAGAAUAUCAAGAAGAAUUUGGAUUAUCUCAAAUACGUGGACUCAGGCUCGGACGAUUCGCGAUUUUGGAUAGCAUCAAACAAUGGGUCUGCUCAGGCUAUAGACUUAGAUGGAAAUACAUCGCGAGCCAGGCCCGACGUAGAACUACCGGUUCUCUGCACACAAUCAGCGCCGUUUUCUAAUGAGACAUCUCAAGAUGCUAGUGAGAAGUGGCAGGUCACAGUUAAGUCUAACAAUGAGGUACUCACGGGAUACCGGGACCAUCUGAGCUUCCGCUUCCUAGGGAUUCGGUAUGCUCCUCAGCCCAAGCGAUUUACGUACUCGGAGCCAUACGUUGGUAAUGGUGGCAAUGUUUCUGCAUUGAAAUACAAUUCUGAAUGUGUACAAGCUGGAAAUGUUGGAGCUGAAGAUUGUCUAUUCUUGAACGUUUGGACUACCUACAUCCCGGGUCCUGAGUCGGCUGCGAAUAAACUGAAGCCAGUUAUGUUCUGGAUACAUGGAGGUGCCUUCAUAAACGGAUCACCAAACGAUCCCACAUUCGACGGGGGCAAUCUAGCCACAAGAGGGGACGUUAUCGUAGUCACCGUCACCUACCGACUAAGCACUCUCGGAUUCUUAGCACUGGACGAUGGCGUUACCAACGGCAAUUAUGGAAUUGCCGACCAAAUCAACGCUCUCGAUUGGGUGCGAAAGAACAUCAAAGAUUUCGGAGGUGACCCAGAUAGAAUCACCAUAUUUGGGCAGUCCGCCGGAGCUGGUAGCGUGCGGGCUCUCCUAGCAUCCCCCAAGGCAGCCGGGAAAUUCGCGGGAGCGAUACAGAUGAGCAAUGUUGGAGGUACGAAAUACGAUAUGACAUACUCGAAGUACUACACCAUUGCCGAGGAAAUGGAGGUUGCUGGAAAUGCUAUUUUGAAAGAUGCAGGUUGCGCAAAUGCGACGUCGAAACUAGAUUGCUUACAAGAUGUAUCGCCACAGACACUCGUGGGCUUGAGUGAUACUGCGAGGUGGCCGGUCGUUGACGGGACUUAUUUGAUAUCUGACGCGCUUCAACUCGAUGGGCCUACGCUACCUGUUCGCAUUAUGAUGGGUAUCACGCGUAAUGACGGCGGGCCGUUUAUCAGUUUCCCAACCACUACAAACGAGACCGAAUACCUCAUAUCCCAGGGCUUUGACGUACCGCCUGCCGACCUUUUCCCAGUUGCAGACAUCGAGAAUAAGACUCUAGCAUUAUUUGAGAUGGGCACCCGCCUCGUAACGGACGGCGUCUUCCGCUGCGACGCCCACGCCACUGCCUACGCCGGUCUCCAGAAUGGUCGAUUCAAUCCGGUGUACCUAUACGAAUUCAAUAGAACAUACCAGCUCUCAGCAUGGCCCGGAAUCGACCUCUGCCAGCCGCCAAAAUCUGCCGGCCACCCGGACGGCGAUCCAAACGCCGAGUACCUCAAAUGCCACUCGGGAGAGCUGUACUACGUAUUUGGCAAUUUAGCACGGCAGAAUCUUCCUCUGCGGGAUGAAUUCGACUUGCCAUUCGAGCGGUUGAUCGUUGAUUCCUUUAGUUCGUUUGCGAGGUCUUUCAACCCCAACCCUGAUCCAGAGUUUCUGGAAGCUAGGGGCUACACGAGUACAUUGGAAGAGAUUGAAAGCAGUGGAGAAUGGUUGCCUUCAACUGUCGAGGGUGAUAUGACUAUGCGAACACUGCAAUGGCCUAGCAUCCAAGGACCGUUCACAGAGACGGAGCAGUGUGAAGGCUUAGGGUUAGGGUUGGGUUAUUACUUAUCCUAGGUAACUUUAGAGCAAUAGAAGUAGUCAAAUUCGCAAGUUCGAUUUCUUGUACCAUUAUAAAAAUCAUACACUUAAAGCGGAGGGUGUUUCUAAAAUUCACCCCUAUUUACCAAG